UAGUUUACAAGAACUUUUUAAGGACCAAUUUUCAAAAUGAAAGUGCUUUGAUAAGUGAGGUGUAUUUCUUUUGAUGUCUGAAGAACUUUUUAGCUUCGUCGCUUAACAAUGGGAGCCACUGGAAUACAGAUCUUAACUCGUUCUUUAUUAUGAAUCAUGGAAGAGUACAGUUCAUUUGUGACUGAGUACAAUGAAAGCACUGCCGCUUGGCCAAUAGAGCCUUCUGCACCCAGCAGACACUUAGGAAAUGUUCCCAGCCCACAAACACGUCUCAAGGACCUCAUGGGAUUAUUUUUCAUGGUGACCCUAAAUUUUCUUGCACUUCUGGCCAACACUGCUGUUCUUGUGGUUGUCAUCAAAGCCCCUCAUCUCAGGAAAUUUGUAUUUUUGUGCCAUCUUUGUGCAGUGGACCUUCUGUGUGCCAUCUUGAUCAUGCCACUCGGCAUUGUGUCCAGCUCGGGGUACUUUGCUGGUGUGGUGUUCACUAUGCUGGAGUGCCAGAUCUAUGUCUUCCUCAAUGUAAUCCUCAUAGCAGCCUCCAUCUUCACCAUCACAGCUAUUAGCGUGGAGCGUUAUUACUACAUUGUUCACCCCAUGCGAUAUGAGGUCAAGAUGACGCUGAAGCUGACUGCAGCUGUGAUGGUGAUAGUGUGGGUCGCUUCUGCAGGGCUGGGAUUGUCUACUGUGUUUGGAUGGCCGUCUUAUGGCAGCCUGACCUCCGUCAGUGCAGCACACUGCUCACUGUACUGGAGCAACAGUGACCACAGGCGUAUUUUCUCUGUGCUCUUCAGUGUCACCUGUUUCUGUCUGCCAGCAGUUGUGAUUUUUGCUGUCUACUGUAAUAUCUACAAAGUGGCCCGUGUGGCUGCCCGGCAACAUGGACCUCUGCCCUCCUGGACAAACAGUCAACUGAAGCAUCGCUCUGACUCAAUAAACAGUCAGACUACCAUCAUUACAACUCGCAAUGCCCCACGCAGGAUUACCCGAGAACGGCCUUUCGGGGGUGGUAAGGCUGCUCUUACUCUGGUGGUCAUUGUUGGGCAGUUUCUAAUCUGCUGGCUGCCUUAUUUUGCCUUCCACCUUCAUUUGAUACUUGAUGCAACACCCCAGAUCCCCGAUGACCUGGAGGAAACUGUCACCUGGCUGGCAUAUUCGUCAUUUGCUAUUAACCCUUUUUUCUAUGGGCUUCUAAAUCGGCAGAUUAGGGAAGAGCUUUGUAAACUAAGGCGCUGCUACUCGACUCGGCCAAUGGAAUUGCCAGCGUCCAGCCAGGAGGGCUCGGGUCAUGAGAACUUCUUGCAGUUUCUCAACAGGACCAGCUGCAGUUUAGAGACACGUCCAAGCUUUGCUACUCCCAGUUCUCUGGAUUAUACUGGGCAGACUGGUUUCAGGAUACCAGGACAGAUUCCAGAGGAGUUCAGUUAGAUUUUGCUCUACUGUACCUCAGUGUUGUGCCACAAAUAAUUGAAAGUUUGGGGGAUUAAGUUAUUUAAAGAUCAUAUGCAAUAUGACAAGCAAAUUUUUGCAGACAGUAAUAACAAGUGAGAGACAGCAUACAGAAAAAAACUGUUUUCGUCUUUGAAUCGUUUCUAUAAAGAUUCAAAGAAGUACUAAAUGGACUUUUAAAAAAAGCAUUGUUACUGUGGUGAAACAAGCCUUAACGAGUCCUUAAAGAUCACUUUAAUUUUAUUAGCUAGCCUAAAGUAAAGUUACUCUUUAUCUACAAUCAAUAGUUCUGUUUUAUGAAAAUGAAUCAACACAAGUAAUUAUUACACAAUCAAAUGUUGUCCUAUUGUAUUUAUAUUCCAGGAAUUUAUGUAAAUGUUAUUUAUUAUACACAAACAGGAGGAAAUAUUU